AUGAAACCAGCUGGUCGUACGUUCAUCAUAUCUGGGGGCUGUUCAGGGCUCGGUCUGGCCACAGCUCGUGAUUUACACCAAGCCGGAGCAUAUGUUGUUCUAUUGGACAGAAACGAAGACGCCGGCCAUGCCGCCAUUAAGGAGCUAGGCGAAGAAAAAGCAAAAUUUCUGCAGGCCGAUGUGACCGAAACAUCGAGCAUAAAAGCUGCGAUAAAGAGCACCGUGGAAUGGAUACAACAGACCGGAGCCGCUCUCGGCGGCGUGGUCGCUGCUGCGGGUAUUGCCUUCCCUGGAAAGGUCUAUAAUGCAAGAACCAACUCGCCAGUCUCAAUGUCGAGCGUUGACGCAGUCAUGACGGUUAACGUCCGAGGGACGAUCGACCUUGUCCGGCUCGCUGUGCCGCAUCUGAUAAACAAUACUCCAUUUACGGCGGAUGGCGAACGCGGUGUCUUGAUUCUAGUUGCUUCAUCUGCGGCGUUCGAUGGACAGCCGGGUCAGCUUGCCUAUUCAGCAUCCAAAGGAGCCAUUGUUUCGAUGACUCUGCCGCUGGCCAGAGAUCUCGCGCGAUAUGGCAUUCGAGUAGUCACCAUCGCCCCCAGUCUAUUUGAAAGCGAAAUGACCCGCAAUUUGUCUGCCAAAGCUCGAGAAAGUCUCGAAAGAGUAAUGGAAUUUCCGGUCAGGGCCGGAAAACCCGAAGAAUUUUCGAGCCUGGUCAUGCAUAGUAUUUCCAACUCCAUGUUGAAUGGCACGGUGCUCCGACUUGAUGGUGCCAUGCGAAUGCCGAGUAAGAUGUAG